GCUGGCCACGCCCCUUCAGUGAGCCGGGCCAGGUAUCCCCGACAGGUUCUGCCCAGCCCUCCCUCUCCCUGCCUCACUUUUAGCCGUAACCCUCCUCCCCACCCCCGCUAGGACGGGGAUGGGGUAGAAAGGGUAGAGGAGGCCACCCCCACCCUCCUCCCCGCCGCGCUCCGGGGCUGUUUGCUUGCAGCUCCCAGGUGGUCACGCUGCCUGCACCUGCGGAGCUAGCUCCCAGGCACGUGAAGAACGGAAAGGAGCCUGUUUCCUACUCCGCCCUUGGUCCUCCUGAGGCCACUCCACAAUCCUGUCGUGACUGCCUCACCCCUUGGCGAAAAUAAUGGCUCCAUUAGCCGCCUUGUCCCUACUCCCCAAACAGCUGGCCCCCGGAUCGCUGUUGGAGUGUUGGAUGGAGCCCUUCUCUGUCCUCUGUGACAUUUCCAAUUUUAGAUAAUGCCUCACAUCUCUGCCCCGCCGGGACCCCCCGAAGCUCCCAUGAUCCCGAAGAAGACGGCUUGAACCUAGACCUCACCCCAGGAUGUUGCGGAGGCUGCUGGAGCGGCCCUGCACACUGGCCCUGCUUGUGGGCUCCCAGCUGGCUGUCAUGAUGUACCUGUCCCUGGGGGGCUUCCGAAGCCUCAGUGCCCUAUUUGGCCGAGAGCAGGGGCCGACAUUUGACUAUUCUCAUCCCCAUGAUGUCUACAGUAACCUCAGUCACCUACCUGGGGCCCCUGUUGCCCCAGGGGGUCCUCCAGCUCCUCAAGGUCUGCCCUACUGUCCAGAACGAUCUCCUCUCUUAGUGGGUCCUGUGUCCGUGUCCUUUAGCCCAGUGCCGUCCCUGGCGGAGAUUGUGGAGAGGAAUCCCCGGGUGGAGCCGGGGGGUCGGUACCGCCCCGCAGGGUGUGAGCCCCGCUCCCGAACCGCCAUCAUUGUGCCCCACCGUGCCCGGGAGCACCACCUGCGCCUGCUUCUCUACCACCUGCACCCCUUCCUGCAGCGCCAACAGCUCGCCUACGGCAUCUACGUCAUCCACCAGGCUGGCAAUGGGACCUUUAACAGGGCCAAGCUGCUGAACGUUGGGGUGCGGGAGGCCCUGCGUGACGAGGAAUGGGACUGCCUGUUCCUGCACGACGUGGACCUGCUGCCCGAGAACGACCACAAUCUGUAUGUGUGUGACCCCCGGGGACCCCGGCACGUCGCCGUCGCCAUGAACAAGUUCGGAUACAGCCUCCCGUACCCCCAGUACUUUGGAGGAGUCUCGGCGCUCACUCCUGACCAGUACCUGAAGAUGAAUGGCUUCCCCAAUGAAUACUGGGGCUGGGGCGGUGAGGAUGACGACAUUGCUACCAGGGUACGUCUGGCUGGGAUGAAGAUCUCGCGCCCCCCGACAUCCGUGGGGCACUAUAAGAUGGUGAAGCACCGAGGAGACAAGGGAAAUGAGGAAAACCCCCACAGAUUUGACCUCCUGGUCCGUACCCAGAAUUCUUGGACACAAGAUGGGAUGAACUCACUGACAUACCGACUGCUGGCUCGAGAGCUGGGCCCUCUCUAUACCAACAUCACAGCAGACAUUGGAACUGACCCUCGGGGUCCCCGGACUCCCUCCGGGCCCCGUUACCCACCUGGUUCCUCCCAGGCCUUCCGCCAAGAGAUGCUGCAGCGCCGGCCCCCAGCCAGGCCUGGCCCUCUGCCUACUGCCAACCACACAGCCCCCCAGGGCUCACACUGACUCCUCCUUCCUGCCCACCUCAAUCAUGAAACUGAAUCCGAGGGGUCGCAUUCUCCCCGCCCUCGGCUCCUCACUGCUCUCAGAGGGGACGUGGGGGAACUGAACUCCAGUGCUGGGCUGGAGGCAAGGGCCUCUCCUCACUGCUGGACUGGAGCUGGGCUCCUUUAGACCUGGGGGGUCCCUCUUUCUAGGGUCGCCUGCCAGGGCUUAUGACUGAAUCCUUGAUGUCAUGAUUUUAUGUGAUGACUCCUGAGAGUCCCCGGCCCCAGGGGUAAGAGCAGGGCUGGACCCCAAGUCCCUUCCUCUUCCAGGAGAGAAGAGUGAUCCGGCUUUUCCUGGGACCUCUGUGAAUAUUUAUUCUAUUUAUGGUUCCGAGGAAGUAAUGUUUGGUGAAGGAAACCCCUCCCUGGGUACUUUUCUGCCAGUGCUGGAGUAGCUUCCUCUUCUGGACCUGGCGCAGGGGGCUGGGAUUUUGAUAUAUUUUCUAAUAAAGGACUUUGUCUUGCC